AGGCAUAAGCAUAGGCUAGAAUCUUAAAAGGGUUAAUUCCAAUAUCCAUUGAGUACUUAUUUUGGCAAGUAAAACAGAUUGGUUCCUAUGGUUGUAGAUUAUGUUGUUCCAUCAUAAGACACUUUUUGGGUCCUAAGGGAAUGGGUUUCAUAGGAGGGAGGCAUGUCCCAAGUUAGAGAUUCUGCAAUAAAGCUUUUUGGAGCAGAUAUUCAUACUACACAUACUCCCAUUAAGCCAACCACACCCUUCCCAGAUUUACACUCAUUGACUCGGAUUCAGCCUCUGCUUCAACCCAUCAUCGUCAUGAAUGGACUUGAAGAAUCAGUUAAUGAUGAAGUGGAUGUUCCUUUGAAAGAAGAAGUUUCUAGCAAACAGAUUGAUCCUCAAGAAGAUGGUAAUGAUACUCCAAGAGACAUAUGUAAAAAUCCUACACUGAAACUGGUGGGAAAAGUAGUUCAUAGGACUAAUGAGCACAGGAAUGCUAAAAGAAAUAUUGAUCAGGAAAAGGUUUUCAAGAAGCCAGACAAGGUCCUGCAAUGUCCUCGCUGCAAUAGUUUGGAAACAAAGUUUUGCUACUUCAACAAUUACAAUGUUAACCAACCUAGACAUUUCUGUAAAAAUUGCCAAAGGUAUUGGACAGCUGGAGGGGCGAUUAGAAAUGUUCCUGUUGGGGCUGGUAAGCGUAAGAAUAAGCACUCAGCUCUGCAGUAUUAUCAGAAACCUGUGACUCCUGAUGGUGAAUCUGCGAUCCAGACACAUUCCAGUGGUUCUAGUGAUGAUAUGAUUCUCUCAUCUAAUGAACUUUCUGUGACUUCAAGACCUAUCAGAGAAAGGGAGGAAAAUCCUCUUAGUGAAUCCGUAGAAACUGUGUUGAGUCUCAAUGGCCAAAGAAAAUUUGAUGUGGACUUUUCCACUGUCAAAGAUGAUGGUGAGGACCCUUCCAGCUCCUCUAUGAGAUCUAAUGAAAUGGAGCAGGUUGGUUUGGCACAACACUUUAAUGGUUUAAUUCCCUUACAUUCAUUUCAUUAUCAUCCUGUCCCUUCAUGGUCUUAUCAAUGGAAUCCAUGUUGGAAUGUCAAGGAGUUUAGGUCCAGUAGUACUAGUUACACAGGUUCUCCAACCAUGAUGGCAGUUUCUGGCUUCUCCAUACCAACAGUAAUGCCACCUGCAGCACCUUAUUCGUAUUCAGGUUUCAUGUCAAACUUAGCUGGCCAAGAGGAAGAGUCUUCAUUGAUUGGAUCUGCAUUUAGUGGCAUCUCAUUGUCUUCAUCUUCUGUCAGCAAUAGUACUAGUUCUGGUAAUACAUCCCCAGCCUUGGGAAAACAUUCCAGAGAUGGAAGCACACCGAAGGAAGGUGCAAUGAAACAGAACCUUUGGGUGCCUAAGACUGUUAGAAUUAACGGUCCAGAAGAGGCUGCAAACAGUUCAAUAUGGACAACUUUGGGAACAAAAUCUGAACAGAACAAAAUCAUUAUAAAAGGAAGUGUCUUUAAAUCAUUUGAGUCUAAGACAAGUGCUGAUGAUAAUCAAAUUCGAAGGACAAACCCUGCUGCUUUCUCACGCUCUGAAUCUUUUCAGGAAAGCAUGUGAAGUGAUGUAUUUUUGUUCUAGUUGUGUGUUGUGAUCAGCUCAACCAUGUCAAUUUGGCAUUUCUUGUUAGAUGAGGCAUAGAAGGUUUCUAAAAAAUCCUUUUCUCUACCUGGGAUGGUUUCAUGUAUUGAUGUUCAAGAAGACAGCCAUGACAAUAACCUUAAAGUUUAAGCUAUGUGUUCAGCAGCAGUAAUUAGUCAAUAAGAAUCUGUCUCAAGCUUGUGUCACCAUUUGCUUCAUGGCAAAAUAAGAGUCAUGAACAUGAAACCUGACUGAGGUAUGAUAUUUAGGCUUCAAAAUAGAUGCAAUCAAGACAUUAGUCCUGUGAAUUGAUUCUUCAUCUUUUUAUCAUUGUCUAGUCAAUAUUCAGUUAGAAAAUUUUGGUGUCAUUGACGUCUGUGUACUGUUUUUCACACUUUUGAGGAAUUUAUUUUACUGUUUCUUUCCUAUUUCCA